ACACACACACACACACACACAGAGAGAGAGAGAGAGAGUCAGAGCUCAGUAAACAAGCUGGUGAACGUGAGCAGGACGUUAACAGAGACUCACAGCAGCAGAGAUGCGUUCGGAGAGGAAGGUGGACGUCCCGGUCUACGAUCUGUCCCUGAUCAGAGGACUGUGGGAGGUCCGAGUGAAGAAACAGAGACAGAGACAGAAGAAGGAGCAGGAGCGGAUCCAGAGCAGCGCCCUCGCCAGGAUCGAUCAGCAGUGGCAGUAUCGGAUCUACUGUAAGAGACUGAAGACCAGUGAACGCAACCUGCUGCAUCAAUACCUGGAGAGAACCACACUGACUGAUGUACAACAUAUACAACCUAACACAGAGAAGCAGCAGGACCAGAAAGACCAGCAGGAUCACGAGAAUCCGGAGCAGAACCAGCUGAUCUUCCAGCUGAAUGGAGAUCAUUGGACGGACUUCCCCAGAGAGCUGCAGUGGAUGACCUACCUGAGAGAGUGGCACGUCAGAGGGACAAAGAUCCGUCAGCUGCCGGACUACCUGGCCAUGUUCACCCAGCUCACCGUGCUCGACAUCCCCAAAAACACCAUCAUCGAGCUGCCACCUGAGAUCGGUAAACUGACGGGGUUGAGGGAAUUAAACGCCAGCUACAACCGUCUGUCCAGAGUUCCUCCAGAGCUCGGAGACUGCGAGAACCUGGAGAGACUGGAGCUCACAGGAAACCACCUGUCCGAGCUGCCGUUUGAGCUGAGCGGCCUGAAGCAGCUGGUUCACCUGGACGUGGCGGAGAACCGCUUCGUGUCGAUCCCCAUCUGCGCGCUGAGGAUGAGCCGCCUGCAGCUGUUGGACCUGAGCAACAACAGUCUGAGCGACCUCCCGCAGGACAUGGACAGGCUGGAGCAGCUGGUCACCCUGUUCGUCCAUAAGAACAACCUGUCUUACCUCCCUCACUGUCUCACCAACAUCUCCACGCUCAGUAUGAUCGUCGUCAGCGGCGACGAGCUCAACUGCAUACCGACCAAACUGUGCAGCAACCCGAGCAUCAAGUUCAUUCGACUGUACGACAACCCUGCGAAUGAAGAGAGGAAGAAGGAGGAGGAUAAAAAGAAGAAGGAGGAGGAGGCGAAGAGGAGGAGGUGGAGAGAGCAGAGAGGGGAGGUGGUGAAGGACAGCAGAGAGAAGGAGUUCAUCGAGACGUAUAUAAACUCGCUGAAGGACCGAGACACCGUCCCCUACUCCACCACCAAGGUGUCCAUCUCCUGCCUGCUCUGAGGAAGAGGAAGAGGAAGGUUGAGCUUCAGAUUCAGUUGCAGUACAGUGAGUGACCACUGGGUGGGGCUGAAACCACUCCUUCGUUCACUCAUCCAUAGAAAACAAUAUUUACACCAUAGUGAUCAGUAACUUUCAGAUACUUUCUAAUCAUUGAGUCGAUUGUUAGCAUAGACGAGCAGCUACAUGGAUGUUAGAAGUUAAUUCAUUCUAAUGUAAGUUUUUGAAAGGCAGCAGCAGUUUACUACGAUGCAAAUAGGAAAUGUUUUCAGACGCAGCCGUGGUUCAGUUUCACCGAGGUAACGUGCUAAGAGGAGGAGAAAGAAUCAGGAUUCGUUGGGUUUUGUCGAAAUGUCGUCCAGGAAGUGUUUGAGAAAAGUUUUUAAAGAUAAGUGUUGCUUGAAAGACAGAAAAGUUAAAAACCAAAAGUAAAUGUACGUAAACUUAAAGUCAUAGUUUUUAUAUAAAGUGUCAAGAUUAGAGGAUAGGAGAAGUUUGAGAUAAAAUAAAUAAAUUACACAAAAACAUUAAAAUCUAAAUUCAGGCACAUUAACGUACUUCAGAUUUUUGCUUUUGUCAUUUUAAAUAUUUCAUCUUUUCUUUUCUGUCUUUGGCAGAAAUUAACUUCCAUAUUUUUCAGCCAAUGAAACGUCACAAAAGUUUAUUGAUUUCAUAGUUUUACAUUUUCAAAAAUAACUUUUCAUUCCUAAAUCAGAUUUCCAACAUUUAAAGCUGCAGUGUGUAACAUUAACGAGGAUUUAUUGUCAGACACUGAAUAUAAUAUUUUGUGGGAAUAUUGGCUCUAAAAUUGAGCUUUUCAUGGCCGCCGUAGUUUCUCCUACAUUCUUGGAAAGGCUGAGCUGUAUUCAGUUGGUGGCAAGCUGAAACUUCACCACUAGAUGCCACUAAAACACACUGGUCCUUUAACAAUAUGUGACGUAAUAAUCAUUAUAACAUGAACUCAGAUAUUAUGUAUUCACAAACUGUCCCAUAUUACAGACUGUUAAUGUUUUAGAGAUAUUGAUCUUUGAAUAUCAGGUAUUGGAUUAUUGCUCUAAUGUGUUUCUUGUCUGUGCCGUGAGUGUGAUGAUUUUGUUUUCGCCACAUUAACUCGACAUAUUUGGGAUGAACUGGAGUUUAUGGUUGAAGGUGUGAAAGUUGUGACCAAAUGAAAAUGCAAAGAAAGAUUCAACAAGAAAAACUCGUUUAAAUGAAGUUGAAUCUACCGACUAAGUUUUAUUAAAGUGCUACAGUAUGUUUAAUAUUUUUUAGACGAGUUUGUGAAUUUGUUCAUUUUCUGUGAUAAAGUUGAGCUGCAACUAGUAACAAAUGUAAAUAUACAACAAUUAAGAUUCAGAUUUUUUAUAAUCUGAUUAUGGAUGAGGAUUAAUUUGUGUAUUAAAAUGUUUAAAAACAAAUUAUUACAAAUUCAGUGGUUCGUUUCCUGAUUCAACCCGUUUCUUUUAUAAUGUUUGUUGAUUUUAAUUGAAGCAGGUUUCUGUGAUGCUUUGUGUCUGGUUUUAUUGUGAAAUAUUUUUAAUUUUAAUAAACGUUUUAAUUUA